CAGUAGCAGCGUAGCAGUAAAGCAUAUCCGCAAGAGCGACAUAUCCGCAAAAGUGCUGCUAGAAUUUUGUUUGAAACGCUGUGAGUGUAUAAACCACUGCGAAUAUGUCAAUAUGUCGAUAACUACCACUACUAGGACAACAAGAAAAACAACAACAUUAAAUAUAUCAAUAGGAAAUACUACAACAAACAUAUAAAUGAGUGCAGACAAAAACACAAAGACGGUCAACUCUAUUAAAAGUUAUUAGUUGAAAUUUAAAAUCCAAGUCAAAGCAAAGCGAUUGACAUAUUAAGCAAACGGGGAGAAGCAGUCGCAGAAAGCAGCAACAAGGGAGGACGGAAGGAAGCCUUCAACUUGUCAGAUUGAGUGUCAUUGUCGCCACUGACUGUUUCGUGUUGUCCAGCACUGUGCGAGACCCUGUACGGGGGGUUUUAAAUGAGUCCACGCCGCGCACAACCUGCGCGACAUUCGACGUGAGCGUCGGCGGCGUAUGGUGUGCUGUUGUGGCCGCCAAAAGCCAGCAGCCAACAACCAAAGGGCCGACCGAACGCCGACAGACCGAAAGACAAACAGGAACGAUACGACGGAUCAAAGAGAGAAACACCCCCAAAAAACAGCGGUUGUAGCAGCUUUGACAACGGACACGCAAACCGAGCAGUGGCAGCAACAGCAGCAGAAGAGCAUCAGCAUCAAAAUUAAGCCAACAGACCUCCAUCCAGAAGCGGCGGGUAACGACGCGAAACGGACAUUUCUGUGUGCGCUGCGUUCGAAAAUCUGAUGGAUGGAAAUGCACAAAAUAUGUUUCACGGAAAUCAUCAAGGCGACCCCUAUUACCGCUAUGACGCGGCCGCCGCCGCAGCAGCUGCCGCCGCGGCCAAUCCGCGUGCGAUGGGUCCACCCGGUGGCUAUCCGACACGGCAUCGGGCGCCACAUCCGCUACAACAGCAACCACAAUACCCAUCGUACCAGCCAACGGCGGAGAACCUGUACGGGCUGGGGGCCACCGAUCAGCAUGCGGGCAUGGGUAUGGGCGAUCUAAGUGGCUGGGGUGCCGCACCUACCGUGCCCGGCCAGGCAGGCGCUUAUCCGGGCGCUGGCCUUGGCGCCUAUGGUCAUCCACAGGCUGCACCACCCACGCAGCAACGCCAGAGCCAAGCAAAUGCCUAUCGCCAGCACAUGCCCGCCUAUGGACAACAGGAGCAGCAAAAGUUGCCCUAUGGCGCGCAACAAAGCAUGAUGGGCAGCUUAUUGCAGCAGCCGGGUGCCAGUGUAGGAGUAGGUGUCGGCGUCGGUGCUGGUGGUUAUGGCAGUUUGGCACCACAACAGCAGCAGCCGCCAACGCCGCAACAACAACAACAGCAGCAGCAGAGUCAGCAGCAGGCUCGUCUGCCGCAGCAUUAUCCACAAGCGCCCGGUCAACAUCCUCUUUAUCCGGGUGCACCAACGCAAGCGGGUCAACCAGGCGGUCCUGGCGCACCCCAACCCUAUGCGCACAGUCCGUAUGGCAGUCCCAUGCAGCAUCAGCCCGGCCGAGGCGCGCCACAACAUGUGGGCUACGCCAGUCAUGCCGGUCUGGACCAAGCGUCCCCGUAUGGGCAACUCGUCCCCAGUGCAGCACCACCAACACAUCAUCUAACUGCGCAGCAGCAGCAGGCUGCGCAGCUUGGAGCUCACCCUGGUGCGCAUAUGCCCCAGCAGCAGCAACAACAGCAGCAGCAGCAGUUGCAAAGUCAGCAGCAGCAGCAACAACAACAGCAACAAGCGCAGCAGCAACAGCAGCAACAACCCAAUCAUGUCAGCCUCAUGCAGGCAGCAGCCAGUCACCAGCAGCAGCAACUGCCGGGUGCUGGUCUGCCACCUCCACACAUGGGUAUGCCGCCAAGCUAUAGCUCACAUCAUCAGCAACAACAGCAGCAGCAGGCACAACAGCAACAGCAGCAGGCUCAGCAGCAACAGAGCGCACCGCCGUACAUGUCCAGCAGCAAACAUCAGGCAGCCGCUCAGCUUAAUUCAUCGCCGCAAUAUCGCGCGCCAUUUCCACAACUCUCGCCUCAGAUGUCGCCGCGACCGCCCACAAUGUCGCCACAUCCACAAAUGUCGCCACGCCCUGGUGUAUCCCCGGCCAAACCACCGCAAACGGCACAGCAGGCCCAACAACAGCAGGUCAACACACCCAGCCAGCAUAGCAUUCAAGGCAUGGUCGGUUUACCAUCACCACGCCCACAGCCCCCUACUGCGGUGAGUGCGGCAAGCUCCAAGGGCGGAGGCGCAAGUGUACCGCCUGUUAAUACAUUGCAAGCUCUAGAACAAAUGGUCAUGCCAACACAAGGAGUUAUGGCAGGUCCUGGCGGUGUGCCCAUGGACUAUCCUUCGCCAUAUCGUAGCGCGAGCCAAGCGCAUGCAGCCGCCAUGGGUCCACGAAUGCCAGCCUCUCCACAGCAUCAUCAGCAAUGGGGCGCACCACACAUGGGCAUGCAGCAACAGACACAGGCUCAGCAGCCGCCACCACAACAGAACCCUAGUGGAAUGGGUCUGAGUGCAUCGCAACAGUUGCAGCACCAACAGCAUCAGGCCCAGCUAAGCAUGUAUGGUCAGACUCAGAGCAUGAGCCACCAGCAACAGCAGCAACAACCACCGCCGCAGCAACAACAGCAGCAGGCACAGCCACCACAGCAACAGCAGGCGGCGCAGCAGGUCCCCGGCACUCCAGCGCAGCCGACGCCACCUGUGCAACACCAACAGCAACAACAGCAGCAGCAACAACAACAACAGCAGCAGCAGCAACUCAACGAGCAAUUGCAGCAUUCCAUCAAUGAUAUUGUUGGCGGUGGUAAUCAGCAGCAACAGCAACAGUCUCAAUUGACCACCAUGUCGCCACUGCAUCAGCAAAGCCUGCCCAGCAUGCAUCAUCUGACGUCGCAUCAUCAGCAGCAGCAGCUGACUGGCGAAACUACAGCUCUGCUGACUCGCCAAACGCCAGCUAUUGAAACCUCCACCUCGCAACAACAACCACCUCCAUCCCAACAGCAGCAGCAACAGCCGCCUCAACAUCACUCACCACUUCAUCAGCUGCAGCAUCAAUCGCCCAUACAUCAACAACAGUCGCCGCAUCAUCAUAUGCAGCAGCAACAGCAAUCUUAUGGCCAGGCGGCGCAACAGGCGCCUCCUUCGCAACCACAACAGCAACAGUUUGAUCCAUUUGCGAAUAUAUUGGCAGAUACACAGUCACACCAGGCUGCAGCACAGCCUCAGACCAUGUCGCCGGCUCAUGUCAGUUCUCCGAUACCACAAAUACAGCAACAGCAGCAGGCGCAACAGCAACAGAGUCAGCCUAACCCACCCACACCAUCGACACCCUCGCAUCAUUUAAGCAGCAUACUCAACGAGACUGCCAACUCUAAUGAUUCAUCCACACUGGCUGUGGCCGCCAAUGAUAGCAACAAUAGCAGCAGCAACAGCUCCACCAAUAGCAUUGUAAAUAAUCAGCCAACAUCAGUGCAUGACAGCAACUCGCAGAGUUCUAUAAAUAGUAACAAUCAGCAGCCAUUACUCUCAGGCAUGGACAAUGCCGCAAUGAUGAAUAGUAACUCGAACUCGGCUACAAAUGUUGGUGGAGUCCCUAGUGGCGGUGGUGGCUUACUAGAUAGUGCCGGUGCGAGCCUCUUUGACAACAACUCCAUGUCAUCAACGAGCGCAGCUGUAGCGGCUGCUUCAAAUGCCGCUUCCGCCGCGGCGGCUCUGCUGGACAGCAAUUCGCAGUCAUCUACCUUUAAUGAGCGCAGCACAGUAGCUGGAGACUUUGAAAAGGUAGGAAGCGAAGCUGAUGCACCAGCUACAAUGGCCGCGACAGCCGAGCUUAGUCUUGCUCAGGACGACUCUAGCGUGUCCAAAAACCAGGAGCCGCUCGCAGAGGUGCCCAUGCAGGAAGACAGCGAAACAACAAAGCAGACGGAAGAGCCAGCAAAUACUGAACAGACCCAAUUGCUGCCUCAAACUGCCAGCGAAUUGGCCGGUGAAGAGACUAAGUCAGCCGAAGAAAUGACACUCGGCGGUCAUAUUAGCGGCAUUAAUGAUGAGAAGUCACAACCUGCAACGACGGAGUCCAAUAUAACGCCACUUGUUGGUCCAGGUACACAGCCGCCAGUGCCAAUACAGCAGCCGACCAUUGGCUUGCCACCACAUCAUACCAUACCACCAAACCCCAUAACAGGGUAUGACCCACAACAGCAGCAGCACAUACCACCCAUGUUGCCUCCGUAUCCGGGCGGCGGAAUGUAUCCACCAUACCCCAUGCUACACCAGCAAGAGAUUGCGGCACUGCAGCAGCAACUACAGGAACUCUAUUGCAUGCCACCCGGACAUGAUCAUCAGGAAAAGAUAUUACGAUUACAGGAUCGUUUGAAUUUGCUGCAACAGCAUGAGGUUAACGAUCAGUGCGCGGGCGGCCCACAAUGUCUGAUGUUCCAGACUAUGCCACCCAUGUAUGGCAGCAGUGCGAUCCAUAACCAAAUGGUGGAAAGUCCGCAGGUCUCAAGCACCACAGGACGUGGACGUGGUAAGGGUACAAACAAACCACGCAAACCGCGCGCCAAAAAAGGCGAGAAAGCUCUGCAGCAGGCGUCGGGCGAUCUAAUGGAUAUUAGUAGCAACAUAGUAGCAGCUAGUGCAUCUAUUCCCACAACCCAGCUGCCAGUUUCCGAAGACUGCGUUACGCAGGGAGCUGGCGACACAAGUGUCGUCGGUAUGCUGGAGUACAGUGAGGGAAUGGGCGACUUGUCACAAGAUGUGCACUCGGCUAAUGAGCUGGAUACUUCAACAGAUGGAACUGGCAAGAAGAAAAAGCCUCGCAAGCCACGCACGCCAAAGGAUCCAAACAAGCCGCCACGUGAACGAACGCCGAAAGUCAAGAAAGUUCGUGAUCCCAAUGAUCCGAACUCUACCGACUCACCGAGUACUGGACGCAAGCGUACCGGAACUGCUAAACGACGCAAACAGUAUGGAGAAGAUGAUGCGGAGAAGACGGGCGAGGGCAGCGAGGUCGAAGACAACAAGCCGCUGGUACCAAAGACCGCUGGAGCUGAUGGUGAAGCUGAGACCACAUCGGGCGGUGUUGAUGGUGAAUCUCCAGACUAUGAUGACAUACCAGUUUCAAAAAUACCACGUGGAACCAACGAUGAGGACAAAGAUGCUGAGGCCGGGGACGAAACCGUUGACUCAGUGCCUGAUUCUGCAGGCGAUGCAGCCACAACUCCCAGUCGGCGGGAUAGAAAACGUUCUGGUGGUGGUCGUAGUCGUCGCAGUGCAACCUCUGAGGAUGGCGGUAGUGCACGUCGUCGUGGUGCACUCUCGGCGAAGGCACUCAAGAAACGUCGGAAUCGUGGACGCAUUGUACCAGAGUCAGACGGUGAAGACGAUACAAUGGAUCGUACUCCACCACCUUCACCGCCACCAGAUUCGGAAUUGGACUCAAACAAGCGACGUUCUUCGCGAAAUACUCAGCGCAAGAAAUAUAUCGAUGAUGUUAUGCUGCGCUUCUCCGAUGAUGAAAAUUCACUCCUAGUUGCUUCGCCUGUCAAGAAGGAGAAAAAGUCUUCAGCUAAUGCGGCUGUCGCAGCAUCUAAUGCUGGCAGCGAUGUAGAGAAAGCAGAGCCACAGUCCGGUGCCGAGGGUGAGGCUGGCAGCUCGGCUGGCGAAGAUAAGGCACCUGUGGUCACUGACGAAACUACUCAGAUCGAAGCUAGUUCCAGCACCUCGACAGAAAAAGCGGAGCGACAGAGCUCAACAGAAGUCGCUGUUGCUGCCAUGUCCUCUAAGCCCAACUACGUUUACAUUAACACUGGCGACGAGGAUAGCAUGGUGGUACAAUUUGUACUCGCAAUGCGCAUGGGCAAGCGAGAGUUAAUACCGGAGCCACCACCGGCACCCAAGGCUAAAACUCCUGAACCCAAAGCUGAUGAGGCGGAAGAUGAGAAAAAGGAUGAGACUGUGGAAAAAGCUGAUGAUGAAAUUAAAGAAGCAAGCGAAGUGGACGAAGCUGAGAAGAUUGAAAGUACUAAGGAAGAGAGUGAAAAUGAUGUAAAACCAGAGGUCGAAGCCAAAAUGGAAGUCGAUGAAAACGAAGCGGAGAAGUCUGCAGAAUCAACGGCUGAUAAAUCUGAAAGUGAGGACCCAGUCAAAGACAAAGAACCAGAAGUAGAAGAAGAAAAAAUGGAUGUUGAUACUGAAGAAAAACCAGAUGAUAAAACGGAAGAAACCAAAAUUGACGAUGUUGCAGAAAAGUUGUCCGAGGAAAUCGCUGAUAAAGCCUCGCCAGAUGAAGUGAAAUCUGAGCACGGCGACGAGGAUGAAAAGACUCCUGAAGUUAAGUCGGAAAAUGAAUCAUCUGUAGCAGCUGAUGAUACCAAAAUGGAUGUAGACGCUGAACCUGUCAAAUCUCCGAAGGCAGACGAAGAACCUGCAGUCGAAGGUGAAAAGGAAAAGUCGUCUGAGGAAGGCGAGGGUGAAGGCACAGAGAACGAUGCUAAACCAGAAAUCAAAGAAGAUGGUGAAGGAGAUGAAAAGAGUGAGUCUGAUAAAACAGAAACAGCCACGACAGAUACCACAAACAAACCGGAACCUGUUUUCAUUGACGUAGAGGAGUACUUUGUAAAGUACCGGAACUUCAGUUACCUCCAUUGCGAGUGGCGCACCGAGGAGGAGUUGCUGAAAGGCGACCGUCGCGUUGCAGCCAAAAUUAGACGAUUCCAGCAAAAGCAGUCGCAGCAGAUAAACAUCUUUGAAAAUAUCGAGGAGGAACCUUUUAAUCCAGAUUUUGUGGAAGUGGAUCGUGUCCUAGACAUGUCUGUGCACACAGACGAGAACAGUGGCGAGACCACAAAGCAUUAUCUAGUUAAGUGGAAGUCACUACCCUACGAAGACUGCACCUGGGAGUUGGAAGAGGACGUAGAUGACGAUAAGAUCGAGCAGUAUUUGCGUUUCAAUAAAGUACCUCUGCGUUGUGAAUGGAAGAGUCGCAAACGUCCACAUCCCGAACAAUGGAAAAAGCUUGAGAAAACGCCCAUAUAUAAGGGCGGCAAUAGCUUACGCCCCUACCAACUGGAGGGACUCAACUGGCUUAAAUUCUCGUGGUACAAUUCGCACAACUGCAUCUUAGCCGACGAAAUGGGUCUGGGUAAGACCAUUCAGAGUCUCACAUUUGUGCAUUCAGUGUAUGAAUAUGGCAUACGUGGACCAUUCUUGGUAAUUGCACCGCUCUCGACAAUACCAAAUUGGCAACGCGAGUUCGAGGGCUGGACAGAUAUGAACGUUGUGGUCUAUCAUGGCUCAGUUACCAGUAAGCAAAUGAUCCAAGACUAUGAGUUUUAUUACAAGGCCGACAGUGGAAAAGUACUAAAGGAGCCUAUAAAGUUUAACGUCCUUAUCACCACAUUUGAAAUGAUUGUCACUGAUUACAUGGACUUAAAAGCAUUCAACUGGCGCCUAUGCGUCAUUGACGAAGCACAUCGCCUGAAGAAUCGCAACUGCAAGCUCCUUGAGGGUCUACGUCAACUAAAUCUGGAGCAUCGUGUCUUGCUUUCUGGCACCCCCUUACAGAAUAACAUAAGUGAACUGUUCUCGCUGCUCAACUUCCUUGAGCCGAGUCAGUUCUCAUCACAGGAAGAAUUCAUGUCCGAGUUCGGAAACCUGCGUAACGAAGAAGAAGUCAACAAACUACAGGCUUUACUGAAGCCAAUGAUGUUGCGUCGUCUAAAGGAUGACGUGGAAAAGUCUCUGGCACCGAAGGAAGAGACCAUCAUUGAGGUGGAGUUAACCAAUAUACAAAAGAAAUACUAUCGCGGCAUAUUGGAGCAGAAUUUCAGUUUCCUCAAAAAGGGUACAACCUCCGCAAAUAUACCAAAUCUGAUGAACACUAUGAUGGAGUUGCGCAAAUGUUGCAUUCAUCCCUAUCUACUAAAUGGUGCCGAAGAACAAAUACAAUACGACUUUAAAUCCCAGCACGGCGAGGAUCCUGAGUCAUAUUACAAAAACCUUAUUCUGUCGGCCGGCAAAAUGGUUCUGAUUGACAAACUGCUGCCUAAAUUAAAGGCUAAUGGGCAUCGCGUGCUCAUUUUCAGUCAGAUGGUUCGCUGUCUGGAUAUACUGGAAGAUUACCUGGUCUAUCGAAAAUAUCCUUUCGAACGCAUCGAUGGUCGCAUUCGAGGCAACUUACGUCAAGAGGCGAUUGAUCGCUAUUCAAAACCAGGCUCUGAUCGCUUUGUGUUCUUGUUGUGUACUAAAGCUGGUGGCCUAGGUAUUAAUCUGACUGCCGCUGAUACCGUAAUCAUUUAUGACUCUGACUGGAAUCCCCAGAACGACUUGCAAGCACAGGCACGUUGCCAUCGCAUUGGCCAACGUAAAAUGGUGAAGAUCUAUCGUCUUUUGUGUCGAAACACAUAUGAACGCGAAAUGUUCGAUAAGGCCUCCAUGAAGCUAGGUCUUGACAAGGCCGUGCUGCAAUCGAUGAACACACAUGCGUCGAAGGACGGCAGUAACAAGCAAUUGUCAAAGAAAGAAAUUGAGGAUCUCCUUAAGAAGGGUGCAUACGGUGCCGUUAUGGACGAUGAUAAUGCAGGCGACAAGUUCUGUGAAGAAGACAUUGACUCGAUCUUAAAACGUCGCACUCAGGUUAUAACCAUGGAGUCGGAGAAAGGAUCGACAUUCUCGAAAGCAUCUUUCGCUGCCUCUGGCAACCGCUCCGAUAUUACAAUUGAUGAUCCCGAUUUUUGGACUAAGUGGGCCAAACGAGCCGAUAUUGAUCCUGAUGCGUGCGAGCGUGACGAAACCGAGGACCUUGUUCUUUCAGAGCCGCGUCGUCGCACACAAAUCAAACGAUAUGGUCAUGAAGAUGUUAUGGAAAUCAAUUCAGAGGAAUCUUCAAACGAAAAUAGUGACGAGGAAGGUGGCAUUGGUCUACGCUCACGUCGACGAAAGGAGAAGCGCGAUCGUGGUCGCGAAAAGAAGGCAAACGAUGAGUAUAUACCGCGCGAGCGUGACGCUCUAGCAGCAUUGGGACUCGAGGAAAUCCAAUAUGGCAACUGGGCCAAGUCCGAGUGCUUUAAGGUGGAGAAAGGACUACUAUCGUUCGGCUGGGGUCGUUGGACAGAACUGCUCGAGUUGGGACAAUUUAAGCGCGGCUGGCGCGAUAUCGACGUUGAGGACUGUGCACGCAUCAUUCUGCUGUACUGCCUGCAGGUAUACAAGGGUGACGAGAAGAUUAAGACCUUCAUUUGGGACUUGAUAACGCCCACCGAGGAUGGCGAGGUGCAGAAGAUCAGCAGGGAUCAUAGUGGCCUACACAAUUUGGUGCCACGAGGACGAAAUGGUGGCAAGGCACAAAAGGAUUCGGCGGGCAAUACAACUCCAGCGCCUGGAACCGCGUCGGGCAGUAAUAGCGGCAAUACGACCCCCGCCCAUAAGCCGAGUGCCCUGGAGGGCAGUAGCAGCAACAACAGUGAAAAGGAUGUGGCCGGAGUGAGCAACAGCAGUAAUGCGAUUAGUGCCAGUGCUGUGGCAGCUGCCGUCAGCAAUCCCAUCAUGACCAUACACGAUCCAAAUCAUUGGAGUAAGAAGGAGAAGUACGAUGCGGACGCAUAUUUGGAGGGCGCUUACAAGAAGCAUUUAAGCAGACACGCGAAUAAGGUGCUGUUGCGCGUGCGCAUGCUCUACUAUAUUCAGCACGAGGUUAUCGGCGAUUUAGUGCAGCAGAUUAAGGAUAAUACGCCCAUCAGCGAGCUCCCCAUUCGCCCGCCGCCAACGCCCGAUCAAGUGCCAUCGUCAUGGUGGAAUCCCAUUUGUUGUGAUAAGAGUCUGUUGGUUGGAACCUACAAGCAUGGCUGUGAAAUGUACCGUCAAAUGCGCGCCGAUCCAAACUUAUGUUUUGUAACUCAUGUGGGCGCCGGUGCCGGUGAUGAUUUGGCCGUCACGAAUUUGCCGAUAAACGAAGACGAUGCAAAUUCCAAGCACGAUGACGGCGAUGAAGUCGAUGAUGAUGGCACCGCCACCAAAGACUCGGAUUCCACCAAGCUAACGGCCGGCGACAACAAGGACUCGCUUGAUCCGGAGCGUCCCAGUUCGUCGGGUAAGAGCGAAAGUAACAGCGAACCGAACGCCAAAGCGGUCGAGGAUAAUGCUGCGGUUGCGGGCAAUGGCAGCGCUCUCGAUGCGGGCGCUAAAGUGGCAGCCAGUGCGGACGCGGUCACAGAAUCGGCAGAUACUAAAGAAAAUGCAAAAUCAAAAAGCGCCGAGCCUGCUGCAGUGGAUGCCAAUGGCACUGCGGAGCCUGCCACCGAUGUCGAUAUGGCAGACUCCAGCUCAAUGGAUGCGGAUGCAUCCGCUGCAGCGGCUAAGCCGACAUUGGCAUUGGAUUCGGAAACGGAAACAGGCAACGCGACCGCCAACAAGACGGGCGAAAAUGCCACAGAAGUCCCUGCUGAGGCUGCCGCAAGCGCCGCCGACGUCGACGGUCCUGCCAUUGCCCAGAUCCCAGACGCGCAAGCGGGCUCUGAAUCAUGCACUAACGCUACCACCACAAACAUCACCACCACCAAUACCACUACUACUACUAUUACCACCAUUACCACCAAUUCUACUUCAACCCCAUCAUCCACCACCACCACAACAACAACAACAACUGCAGCAGCCACUGGUGGCAGCGAGGCAGGUCAAAACUGCAGCGAAAAUGCUAACUCCAACUCAAAUUUAGGCUUGGACGAGGAGGAAAGCGUUGCCGGCAGUUAUCCGCCGACACUGGCGGCCGUCGAGGAUGCCACAAUGUGGCCAUCAAUGCAAGAUCUAAACACACGAUUGCGUCGCGUUAUAACCGCCUAUCAGCGCAAUUAUAAGAAGGAAGAGCUCAAACAGCAGCAGAAAGCCAAGCUACAGGCAUUGGUAUCGUCGACACCACCGCUAUCGGUGCCAACGACCCCAACGCUUCAGUCCAUGCAAAUGCAGAUGCAGAAUGCAACUGCAUCCGGCCCAGGCGGCGCCGCAACCGUUGGUCCCACAACCUCCAGUCAGCUACAGCAACAACUCGACUCGAGCAAUCGCAACCUCCAGGCACUGAUGCAUUCCCAGGGCCCAUCCACCUCGGCGGCAGCUGCAGCGGCGGCCGCUGCUGCCGGCGGUAGUGCAUCACAGCAGCAGCCGCACAGCAUCGUGCCACAUCAGCAGCAGCAACAGUCCGCCGUUGCUGCGGCAGCGAGCGGUGGAUCGGUGCCACCCAUGCCCACCGCCGCCGACAUCAGCCUUAUGCUGAGCAUCCUCAACACCACCGAUGUCAGCCAAUUGGCCAAUUUGGAUAUCAACAAACUGGCCAUGUAUUUGGUUAGUAUGAACAAUAAAAUGGAACGCCAAGGUAAAAUGGAGCUGGCGGCCAAGGAGCGAGAGGCACAGCGUUUGCAAUUGAUACCUAAGAAAUGGAAUCGUCGCGAAGAGUACGAAUUUCUGCGCGUUCUAACAGGUUAUGGCGUUGAUCUGCAACUGCCAACAGCCAUGGGGACUACUCUUUCACCUGAUUGGACCAAAUUCAAGCAAAUGGCGCAUCUAGAGCGCAAAAGCGAUGAAACACUUAGUGAUUAUUACAAGGUUUUCAUAGCCAUGUGCAAGCGACAGUCUGGUAUCAAAUUGGCUGAAAAUGAGCGUGGUCUAGAGGGCAUUAUUGAGGACAUUGGUGAGGAACAUGCCAAGCUUAUAUUAGAUCGUCUAGAGCUGCUCUCCAAAUUGCGCGAAGUGGCUCGUAAUCCUCAGCUAGAAGAGCGUCUAAAAUUGUGCACCAUGAAUGCAGACACGCCUGAUUGGUGGGAACCUGGACGCCACGAUAAAGAACUCAUUGCAGCAGUGCUUAAGCAUGGUCUCUAUCGGUCCGAAACAUUCAUUUUCAACGAUCCCAACUUCAGUUUUGCCGAGUCCGAGAAGCGCUUCAUUCGCGAACUGGAGGCGCAAAUACAGCGUACUAUUAAGCUGGAAGCUUUCAAUGCCGAGAAGGCUGAAAAGCUGGCAGCAGAAAAGGAGGCGGUUAAAAAUGAGGUGAUAGAUCUGGAUGAUGAGCUCUUGACCAAGGAGAGUGUUAUCAAGAAGGAGGAUCCAGUCAAAGACGAAGUCGUAGCAGAGCCAAAUGAAGAAAAGGAAACGGAAAAGAAAGCGGAUGAAGAGGUGGCCAAGCCUGAUACCGCAGAUGAUCCUAAACCUGAAGCGGAAGCUAGCACAGAGAAGGAUGAAAUUGUUGAGGCUGAUAAAGAAUCGACCGAUGCAGGUGAUGCUAAUAAAGAAGAAGCCGCCGAGGUUGUAGAAAAUGAUCCCAAGACUAGCGUGGAAAAAAUGGAUUUGGAUGAAACAGUCGAAGAAAACGACAAAGACAAGGUGACUGAAGCAAACAAAGCUGAGCCGGAGGAGACUGAAAAAGCCCAAGACGAUAAAUCAAGCAUGGAGGACAAUAAGGAGGAGAACAAAGAGGAACCUGAGAAAAUAAAGUCAGCGAGUGAAACUGCUGACAAGGACCAGCCAGCAGAAGAACCCAAAACAGAAGAAAAAGAAGAAGAAACUCCCACUGAACAGAAGAAGGAGACCGAUGAAGUAACUGCAGAGAGCGCUGCCGAUCCUGAAGCUGUCAAAGAAAGCACCAAAACAAAUACUGCGGAAGUGGAAAGCACCGAAAAGCCAACCGAAGCGAGUAAAAAGUCUGAAAAACCAACGGAUCAGGAAAUACUAGAUCUGGUCGCUGCACCUACAGAUCCCGACGACGAUGAGGUAAUGAAGGAGAAGGAAAAAGCCGUGGAGGAGGAAUGCAAGAAGCAGGCUGCUGAACUAAAGGCACGUUUCCCCGAUCUUGAAGUCAUACAACCCGGCGCUGUCAAACAGCAAAAGCUUGAGAAGCCCAAGCUAGAGAUGUGCAUGAUUCGCUGGUUCAAGGACUUUGCCCUCGAACGUCGUAUUGCGCACAUUGUGACAUGUGUUGAGACCAACAAGUGGCCAGUCGAUAAGCAGUAUACAGCCUUUGCAGGCUGCAAGGGCACCGACUUAAACAUUGCAUUGCAUGAGUCCAUUCCUCAUUUGAACACCAUCGAGCGCCGCUCACAAACACCCGAUGUGAUUACUAUAACCACCGAUCAGGGUGUGACCAAGCAUUUGCAGGCCUCGCAAAUGCAGCAGGUAGCCAACACUGUGCCAUCCGCUCCUACGGUUCCAGGCACCGGCAUCGCCUCUAGUAUGGCAACCGCCGUCCUGCCACCGAAACCAUCGGUGGCAACAUCCGCAACGUUGCCGAGCAGCGGCAUUCCCGGUCUGGAUGCCAAUAGCAUCAAUGCAGCAGUAGCUGCUGCUGUUGCCGCUGCUGCAGCUGGUGGCAAUGCCACUUCGCUGUCAUCCCUUCUUCCCGGCAUGUCGCUGACGACGGCUACGGCAGCUCUGAGUGCUGCAGCAGCUCCGUCUAACACUUCGGCUGGUGGCGUCAAUGUACCUACUGCUGGAUCAAACGCGGGCAAGAAACGAAAGCGCCACAUUGCUAUUGAUGUGGAAACGGAACGUGCCAAGCUCCAUGCACUCCUCAACAGCUCGCAAUCAAUGGGACCAAAGGACUGGGAGAAUGAAAUUGCCAAUAUGGAGGCGCUCACCUCUGUGGGAGCUGGAUCCAGGCGUGGCGGUUCUUCAGCUGCUUCAGCAGCUUCGGCUGCGUUAAGUGGUUUACAGCCACCGCCUGCGCAUCAGCACCCCUCGCUGUCACGUCAAUCAUCUGGGCAAUUUAACAAGCCAGCUGUGCCACCGCUUAAAACACCUCCACCUUCAAUGGGUGCACCCAUGGACUUGUCUUCCAGCAGUCUACCCAAGAUGAACAUGACGGAUAUGCUAAAGUCUGCGUCCAGUGCUGGCGCCAUUGAUUUGAGUGAAGUGCAAGAUUUCUCAAUGCCUUCAAAGAAAUCUUCAGCCUCCAGCGUGCAUGCCGCGUUAAGUUCAGCCUUUCCUUCGAUGGGUGGCAAGAGCAAGCUCGAUGAUACUCUCAAUAAGCUCAUGAAGAAGAACAAUUGCACAAUUGAAGAGCCCGUCAUUGGCAAGGAGAAGAAGCGGAAGAAGCUAGAUGAAAUAGUCUUGGGUCUCUCCGCUGCCAAGGAGCAAAAGACCUUUCCCGAUCCAUCGCUGCCUUCAUCGAAGAAGCCCCAAAUACCGCCCAGCGUUUCGGUUACGCCUGCGAAUCUUCAAUCGUCGCUAUCCAGCCAACAACAACAGAACCAAAAGCCGUUCACUAUCACUGUUACGACAGUGCCCGGAAAAUCUAAAAAUUCAUCAAACACGCCCAGCGCCAGUUCCUCGAGCAGCGGGCUCUCGGCCUUACAAAACAUGACCAUGGGCGGUCUGUCUUCCAAGGACAGUCUCAAUGCACUGCUCGCACAAACUAUGGCCACCGAUCCUCAGACGUUCCUUAAGCAACAGCAAAAGAUGAUGCAGUUCCUGCCCCCAGCUCAGCGCAAAGCCUACGAAAAUAUGCUAGCCGAAAUGGAGCAGGCUAUGAAGCUGAGCUCCAAGUACAAUUCACCACAUGAUGUUAAGGUCAACAAGUGGCUGUCGGACAUGACAAGCCCACUGGGUGAUCAGCUCAGCAUUGACUAUGUCGGCGGUGGAGGUGGUGGCGCUAAUUCCAGCACCAGCAGCGCAAGCAAUCGACGCUCCAACCGCCAGCAAGGUGGCUCCAAUUCUCAACAAUCCAGUGCGGCACAAAUGCAAAAGGCUGCUGCACAAUCACACGCUCAACAACAACAACAGCAACAGCAGCAACAACAACAGCAGCAACAGUCCAUGGCUGGACCGCAGGGUCUGACCGGUGAGGAACCCGUUCCUGUUAUCAACAAACAGACGGGUAAACGUUUGGGAGGAAAUAAGGCGCCGCAAUUGAAGCGACUCAUGCAAUGGCUGACGGAGAAUCCUAAUUAUGAAGUGGAUCCCAAAUGGCUAGAACAAAUGCAGAACCCUAUGUCAGCACCAUCGCCGAAACCGAUGGAUACAAGUUAUGGGUCCGCAGCGAGUAAAUCCCAUGGCGGCCGCCCCUCGUCCACAUCGAGCAAUGCCUCGUCCAGCAGCCAUUCGCAGCAGCAGACAGCCGCGCAGUCUCCAGCGUCCAAUUCGGGCUCCUCAAAGAAGUCCUCACGGCAAUCGGCUGCCUUGGAUCAAGCGGCGCUGCAGUUCGGAUCGUUAGCUGGACUCAAUCCGAGUCUCCUGGCCAAUCUACCUGGCCUGGGUGCUUUCGAUCCGAAAAAUCCGCUCGCCGCUUUUGAUCCGAAAAAUCCGCUGCUGUCCAUGCCGUUCGGCGGCAUGCCCGGCAUGGGCAACAUACCCGGCUUGGGCAAUCUGAACAACAUGAAUCUGUUCGCCAGCUUGGCAGGCAUGGGUGGUCUGGGCAAUUUGGCUGGCAUGGACGCACAGUCGCUUGCUGCUCUAAUGGCUGCUGCGGGCCCCACGUUGGGCGGCCUAACGGGCACAGGAGCAGGCAACAGUUCCGGCAAGAAUCAAUCGCAAUCGGGCAGCGGUUCCUCAUCGAGCAAGAAGAGUAAACAGAGCGAAGCGGCCCAAUUGGCAGCAGCAGCAGCUGCUGCUGCAGCCGUUAAUAGCGGUAAUAGCGGCAGUGGAGGCAACGCAUCUGGCUCUGGCAAUAAGAAUGCAGCCGCCUCUGCAUCCCAGCUUGCUGCUGGUUUUCCAUUCCUGUUCCCCAAUCCAUCGCUGUUGUAUCCACCGAUGGGCCUGGGCGGUCUCAAUCCCUAUUCAUUGGGCUCUACCGGACUGGGCUCCGCCUACGAUCAAUUGGCGCAGCAAUAUAAUCUGUUAAAUGGCGCUGCGACCUCAUCAGCAGCAAAUACACCAUCCACGCAAUCCAAGUCGCAUCAGUCGCAGUCGAGCAAGUCAAGUAAUUCACGAUCCUCGGCCAGCGCCGCUGCUGCCGCGUCCGCCAAUUCGGCGGCUAAUCUCAUGAAUGCCAUGGCCAGCAUGAGUGGUGCCCAGAGUAUAGCCAGCACCGUGACCACACCGUCCUCCAGUUCCAGUCGCAGUCGUCAGUCAAGUUCCAGGAACACGCCUGCGGCCCCCUCCGCCGCGGACAUGGCUCAGCUAUCCAGUCUGUUAAUGCCCGGUGCUGAUCCGCAUCUGCUUGAAUCGCUGAGUCGCAUGUCUAGCAUGGAUCUAGCGCAGGCAACACGUCUCAUGAGCUCCCUGGGCAUGCCACCAUUGCCCACGCCCAGUAGCAGCAGCCAAAGCUCCUCAAGUGCGAGCAGUAAACGAGCCGCCGCUGCUGCAGCUGCUGCCAACGAAGCCUCCAAUGCGGCCGCCCAAGCCGAAAAACUGGCCGCCAAAGAGCAGCAGAAAUGGAUUGAGAGUUUCGCGCGUAGCGCUCUGCCCACAGAUCUGGCCGCACUGCAGGCCUUCUCGCAAGGAAAGCUGCCAUCCACAUCCUCGGCUGGCGUGGUCUCCAACACGGGCAAUUCCUCCUCCGUAUCCUCGUCCAGUAAGAGCUCGAAGGCGGCCUCCUCAGCAGCUGCAGCUGCUGCAGCGGCAGCCCAAUUGGCACAACUGCCUCAAAUACCAGGAAUGUCCAGCGAUUUCUCGCAGGCGCUCCUCGCCGAAAUGGCUGCGCAAGCGAUGGCCGCAGCCGGCGGAUCGUUACCAUUGACCGGACCCGGCUCAUUGGCCAGUUUGGCUGGUUUGACAGGCGGUUCUUCUAGUGGUGCUGCCAACUCCUCGUCCAGCAGCAAUAGCUCCGCCUCGAAACGACAACGGGAACAGGAUGCUUUUAAGCAACAAAUGGACUACUACACCAAGACAUUGGGCCUGGGUUCGGGCAUAUCGCUUAUACCGACUUCGUCAGCUAGUACCUCCAGCGCCAGUGCCGCAGCCGCUUAUGCAGCCGCUCUAGAUGCAGAGCAACAGCAGCAGCAACAACAACAACAGCAGCAGCAGCACAAAUCGAAGCGUUCACGUACCGAAUCCCUGCAUCCAACCAAGGAUGAGCUCACAGCCGCAGCUCUUGCUGCUGGCUUACCCCUUAACCUGGGCGCCAGUAUGUCCAGCAUAGAGAAAAGCUUACGCAGUGGCAGCAUUGGCGGCGGAAGCUCUGGCAGUGCCAAUGUUGGAGGAUCAGGCAAUAGUUCCUCUUCCGCUGCUGCUGCAGCAGCGGCUGCAGCUCUCUCCAACGAACAGCAGGACAAGGUCACGCUGACUCCACUGAAUGCUUCAGCUGCUGCCGGUAUUGCGGCCAACUUACCCUCUCAGACGACCAUAACGAUUGCGCCACCCAUAAGCUCUGGUGCCAGCACCAGCAGCGAACGCUCCGAGCGCAGUGAAUCGCGCAUAUCGCUGACCAUUACCAAUGCAGCCGAUGCGGCCAAGUUGCCGCCACCGUAUGAGGAAGCAGAUGAACUGAUCAUACAGCCAAUACUCAAGAAGCCAACAGCGCCCGGCAGCAGUCAUGGUGGAAGCGUCGAGGAUCUGGAGACAAGCGGAGGUGGAGGCGGCGGAGCCAGCGGCAAUGGAAACGCUUCGGGCUCAGCAACUCCAGCCAACCUCAGUGGCUCAUCAACGUCCAGCUCUGCAGCAGCAGCCGCUGCUGCCGAAGAGAAUCGACGUUCUUCCAAUCGCCUCAAACGUCCGCGUUCCGGAGCCGCUGAACACAGUGCGGCUGUCGAGCAGCCGCCUGAGAAGCGACGCGAAUUACGCUCCACGCGCCACACACGACAGUCUGCCGAUGCAGCCACCUUGAAUUUGUCGGCAGGCAGUGAAUCGGAGGAGCGGAAUGAAUGAGUAAUGCGACGCUCAACGCGAACGCGUUAACAACUAAUGGCCCCUCAGCCUACGGCCAAGAGUCAAGGGGCAACGAAACUGAUGAGCAAAUCCAGCAGCAGACAGAACAAGUGCAACAACCGCAACAAUGGCAACAAAAGCAACAAUAACAACAAAAGCAACAAAAGCGACAGCAAGAAAAAUCAACGCAGAACCAGAGGACGACGCAAGUAGCACACACCAGUUUGAGGGAAGCCGUGAAAAUUUGAAUUCUAGCAUAUACGCGAGAAUUAGAUUACUAAGCUUAAAGUUGUGUAAAGUUUAAGUAUAUACAUGCAUAUAUGCAUAUAUAUGUAUAUUUAGUUGGUAGAGAAGCGUAGCUGUUUGUGAAAGAAGGAGAGCAAUGCUAACGUCUGCUGAAGGCGCAAGCGCAACGCACUGCUGCACAAAGCGUUGCGUUUGCGCCUCCAACACGCAUUAGCUUUGCUGGCUAGGCAGAGCAGGCCAAGGAACGUUUCCAUUGCUCGACUGCUGCUAAACGGGUAAUUGGGACGGGACUAUAAACGCCUAGGUCUGUAUAAGUAGAGGGUCUAGCUCACAAUUGAGCGCGUUGUCUGCAUUGCUGCGCAGGCAUCGCAUCGCCUCUGAGAGCCAGAAUGGUAGGGAAAGGUGGCAUGAUCUUUCACAGCAGCACAAAUCAUAUUGAUAAUGACGAUGAUGGGCUGCAGUAGAGAGCAACAUAAAUUUAUAUAUUUAAAAAUGCGCUUAUAAUUUAAUGCUAGCGAGUUGGAGGGUAUAGAGAGCAGAUGUUUGGCCAAAAGGCAAAGAAACAAAAUAUAUCGUUUAAAUUAUUGCAAAUUAUUUAAGAUAAGACAAAAUGAAGCCUAUGUUUAAGCAGAACCAACCCAACCAACAACAAACACACAUUGGUGAGCGAAGCGAAUCGUUUAAUACACAACACACACACACACACACCUAUAUAUAUAUUAUAGUGCAUAAACACAUAUAUAUGAUAAAUGUAGGCUAUAUGUAAUUCAGCUACACUACUCUCUUUACAACAACAAAAGGAAAUGACCCUGUACAUAAUUUAUAAUCCAUAUAACCCUUUUCCCCAUGUCCAAUCCUCACUUUUAUUCUAAGCUAUAUAAUGUUGCGUAUUCACGCAAUUUUUACUUUGUUUGCGUCACUGUCCUAAACAAAUAUUUUAUAUUGUCCACUCUGUGUCCUAUAAAUCGCUUUUAUAUACAUAUUUUUAUUUUUGUAAUUAGUGAAAAUUCGAGUAUUGUGUUUACCGUGUAUUUUUUAAAUUUCUAUUUAAAAAAUCAAGUUUUGUCCUUUUGAACAACCACAAGAACGAAAAACAAACAACAAAUUAAGGAAACAACAAAAAUACUGUAUGUUUAUUGAAAAAUAGAAUUUUUUAAUUAAAUAAAUUUAUAUUUAAUUCAAGAUCUGCAUGUUAUUGUGGCUGCUGCAUAUAUUUUUGUUCGCAGCUAAAUUUGAAAAAAAAUUUUAAUUAAACAAAUGGCUCCACAACAAAAUAAUUAUAUGGAAAAAACAAACAAACAUUUAAAUGCAAUCUAAUUUCUUUAUUGCAUACAUAAAGUUUAAGUAUAAGUCUUAAUUACAGCAUAAUUAUUAUUAACUGCAAAACAAACAAAACACAA